CUGCUGAACUUUGCCAAAACAAGGUGCUAAGGGACCACUUCUGAAGCUGGAGAACCCUUGGGAGGGUUCAGCAGCCAGAUGCCCAUGUUGAACAUCCACUCCCUGAAACCUGAGGCCCUGCACCUGCCACCUGGGGCCUCAGAGUUCCUAGGCUGCCAGCGACGCCACACACUCCCUGCCAGCGAGUUCCGCUGCCUCACUCCCGAGGAUGCCAUCAGUGUGUUUGAGAUCGAGCGUGAAGCCUUUAUCUCUGUCUCGGGUACCUGUCCCCUCUACCUGGAUGAGAUCCGACACUUCCUAACCCUGUGUCCAGAGCUGUCAUUGGGCUGGUUCGAGGAGGGUCGCCUUGUGGCCUUCAUCAUAGGCUCACUUUGGGACAAGGAGAGACUGACUCAGGAAUCACUGACGCUGCACAGGCCUGGAGGCCGCACGGCUCACCUGCACGUACUGGCAGUGCACCGCACCUUCAGGCAGCAGGGCAAGGGCUCUGUCCUGCUCCUGCGAUACCUGCACCACCUGGGGAGCCAGCCAGCUGUGCGUCGGGCUGUGCUCAUGUGCGAAGAUGCACUGGUGCCUUUCUAUGAGAAAUUUGGCUUCCAGGCUGUGGGCCCAUGCGCCAUCACUGUGGGCUCCCUCACCUUCACGGAGCUCCAGUGUUCCUUACGGUGCCAUGCCUUCCUGCGCAGGAACAGUGGCUGUUGACCCAAGCCACCCACUUGGCCAUGAAGAGGGUGGGAGCAGCAGGCUGGGGCUCCUAACUCCCAUGCCACACCCUUCUCUGCCCAGAGUCCAUCCAAGUAGAGCUGGCUAGCAUGAAGGGGCCAGCAGUUGCCAGCUGGAGUAGAGAGGUAAGGGUCAACAAGAGCACACGAGGUGGCUUCACCCCAGCACGGGCUGCUGCCUGUCCCAAGAGAGCUUCUGCAUUCUCAACUGUGCACAAAGCCAAGACCAGGAUGGGACACCCGAGCAGCGGGAGGUCUGUCCCCACACUUUCUCCUCUAUCUGCUCUGUGUCCGCCUCCCAGUGCGGUACCCUGGUUCUGGGGGUCCUUGUUCUCCCAAGACUGACACCCCUUCCUGGGUGGGACACCCAGCAGCUGAAUCUGAGAAGGGCUGGGGCCAGGACCUGUGAACAGUGGCAACCUUGGGGUUCGGAACUGCUGCAGGGCCACACCCCACUGCACUUGGGCACCGGUCACCUGCUUGCCCAGCUUCUGCUUCUAUCCUGGUUCCCCCUCCAGCCCCACUAAUAAAGCAGUUAUGUCCCCAGUGGCUGUGGCCCAGGGUGUGUGCAGGGUCUCCCGAGUGAGCUGAUUGGAGGAGCAACACCACCUGACCUCCCACCAAGCCACCUCUGCCUGAUCAGGCUGUUCCUGCAGAUGGUCAGCUCUCUUCUGCCCCAGAGCAAAGGCAGAGCAGUCGGGGUUGAGA